GACAACAAAGAAAUUCUUUCAAGUCAUCUUAACAAGUUGUGAUAACAAAAUAUUCCUGUAUUUAUCGAAAUGGAAAUCCUGAGGAAAAACAGGAGGGGCUUGAUCACUGUUGCUCCAGCGAAUGAGGCCAACACAGUGGACAAUUCUUACGUCAACGACGAGUGGCUCCGGGAUGUGGAAGGAGCUAGCAAGAAGAAAGAAUGUGUCUUCAAAAAUGAUCUUCUAGAAGAAAGAAAUGCCGAGAAUGGUCUUGAAGAAGACACAAGCAAACUUAAAAAGAAAGGAAUUGUAGAAGAAGAAGAAGAAGAAGAAAAAGAAAAAGAAGAAGAGGAAGCCAAGCUUGAAGAAGACACAAGCGCGCUUAAAAAGGAAGAGGGUGUUUUAACGAAUGUUCAUGUAGAAGUAGAAGAGGAAGUCGGAAACGAAAUCGAGGAGAUCAUGAAUGAUCAAAACUACGGACAACUAGAAAUCGUAGGUCAAUCGAUCGAGAAUGGCCAAAAAGAGAACAGUUUGACCAGCGACGGAAUUUCACCGGACAAAGAAGGCCAAGCCCUUGCGAAGAGUCCGACUUUAAUGUCGCUCGUUUCAUUGGAUCUAGAAGAAGAUUGGCUUGAAAGUUCAUUUAACAACACCCCAAUUAUUGAUCAACAAGACGAAGAGCCAGCCUGCUCAUGUUUCCCCUGGGCAUGUACCAUGAAAGAUCGCUUCAAGAAAGUCAGGGGAUUUUUCAGCAACAUUUUCCAAAGAAAAAGGAAGUAAAUAGGAGAAAACAGACUCUUAAGACAUGAUUAAGCAUGAUUACACGGAGCAUACCCCGUCGUUUUAGAAUUAAACUUAUUCUUAAUUUGAUAUGGGAUGGAUCAUGGGUUAUUCUUAAUUUGAUAGGGAUGGAUCAUGGGUCACGAUUAUAUUUGUUUUCGAAGCUUUUUCUGAAUGAAUGAAUUAAAUAUGAAAAAGCGUUAUAUUUUGUAUUCAAUCUAACUUGCGAAAUGUAUGUGUGGUAGAAACCAUGUAAUUAUCAUCUGGCCACAUUACUACUGAUCGGUCGAGCUGUGACAGCUUGAUUAAUAACUUCACCCAGGGCCAAGACUGUGGGGUUUUAAUCUUUGGCUGUCGAGGUUUAUUAAAAUCACAGGACGUCACCGGAAGUGUCCGGGUGGCUAUCAACCCAUCCGCUUUGGGGUUCAACUCCCCAUGCGUCCAUUUGUUGUGAUUUUUAGUGUCAUAUUGUAGCAUGUAGGGUUUCUAAAGAAAGGCGAUAAUGGCUUACUAAGAGGUGACAUUGGUUUGUCGUCAGGAUGUAGUUAUUAGCUCGCUACGUUCUUGGCCGAUCAAAAUUUUCAGAAACAAUUAUUUUAAUUUCUUGUGUUAUAACAGAAGAUGUUUGGUAAUUAAAAUAAAAAUAUAUUCCAUGCUGUUUCCUCGAACACACGUUCUAGGGAGGACAGGGAUCAGGUUUCAGUAACUCAUCUGUAUCACGUUUUUUGGUUUUACGGGGUAUGCUCAAGGUGUCUUAUCAAUGCACAUGCGUAGUGAUUAUAUAUGGUGUUCAGAUGUAUACUACUAGGUAUAAGUGUGUAGAAAGUCAAUAAAUCCAUUGAACAUAAGAAUAAAA